AGCCAUGUUGGGUUGCCUGUUAGGAGCAAAGCUUGGUUCCCCUUAGAUUUGGUGGAGCUAAUUUGACAGGACUGUCCCUUUAAAGGAGUCCGCUACAUAAAGGGACAGUCCAUUUCACUAAAAAGGGGAAUUUUUUCUCGCUUUUCUUUUCAUUUCUUCUUAAUAAGGCGGAUGAAUCCUGCGCAGUGGGAAACACAAAUUUUUCUUCGUAAGUAUCUGUAACAGGAAUAUAAUACUAAACAGAAAAUUAAAACUUUGGGACUUUUUAUUCUCUGAGAUAUGGAGGUCACCCCUUUUGGGCGUUUCUAUUUUUAGCAUCAGCUGUUGCAAUACAAAGAUUAGCUACUCAACGUAUUGUUCCGCAGAUGUGGGGAGCACACUCCCGGCUGUGGUGAAAGGGCGGCGGUGGUCUGGAAGCCGAGGACGGAGCGACACGACACGAAAUGAGGAAGACUAUGUCGCCGUGAGGGGGGCUUUUCUUCGUGUUGAAGGCUGAUAUCGGUGAGUAGCUGGUGAGGUCGUGAAUGCGGGGCGCCUGUAGCUACUCGCGGACAGUGGAGGCAACACCUACCGUUAGUGUAAAAUCCCCAACUACUCCCCGUAUAUAUCAACAACUUAACCGAAGCCCAGCGAGCUGUCAUCGCGUUAUUUCGACUAAUUAUACUCAAGUAAACAGCGAAAAGAAGCUAGCUUGAUUUUUGUUGAGAAUGUGAACGUGUCUAGCUCGUUUGCGGAAAUUCCUUUUAGCUGCAAAGUUAUACAGAAAGAUGAAGCAACCAGAACCGUUAUCCAGGGGCGGCUACUGUUGGUUUUCCAUUCGGGCUCACAAGCACAUUCACCCGUUGCCACUGACGGGGCCUUCCCUCCGUGUGUCAAAUAUUUCCCCCAAACCUCUCUUCUAGUGUCUCUAAACCUAAAUGUACCCUGCUUCCCUGUGGUACUUUGCACAGCUGUGUGGCACACAGGGGCGUCCAGCUCUGAAGCGGCAGCGGUUGUGCAGAUUUAACCGCUGGACACAAAGAACAGAGAGAUUCUUCAUGUAUCAAAUCAUAGGAUGAGAUCAUUCAGAAGCACCAGUCAGGCUGCAGACACACACAGACAGACACACACACACACACACAGUAGCUGCACACUCACACAAUCACACACGCGUUAAUCUCUAUUAAUAGCAAAGUGAAAUCACCACAUAAUUUGGCCGUCUGUGGACAGAUUCCCCUUUAUGCCUCCAUCCUGACUCUAUUUAAAAUGUCAACCCCCUUGCUAUUUCUGAUGAUGGUGAUGUUUCUUCUGAGAGUAAUGGUUCGCUCACUUUGCAUACCAUUUCACAUUUUCCCAGAGCUUAAUUGUGACCUUUGGCCAGGGGAAAUUGUAAUGUGGAUGACGGUUCAUGCUGAGUUUUCUACCCAGGUGACUAGAUGUGCUGCUAAUUGCAUGUGUUCACAGCUUGAUGUAACUUCUUAUUAAACACAAGUGCCAGCAGGUUUUUGAUCUGCGGUUCGCUUACAUAAGCAUCCUCCAGAUGACACUUAAAAUAUGCCAUCCUGUGGCAAAAGUGGGGUCUAUAGGGAAGAAAACAUAUGAGGCAAAUGAACUAUACACCAGUGAGAUGGUUUGGACCAGUGGUUCUCAAUUGUAGGUUGCGAACAGCUGGUCAAAAAAGUGAAUUUUUGGUGCACAUCUGAUGUUUGACAUGUCUUUUAUUUUGAAAACUAGCUUAUUUUAAAGGGCACGCAUUAUGUCGUCCUCGUCGGUUUCUUAUUAAAUACAAGUGCCAGCAGGUUUUUGAUCUGCGGUUCGCUUACAUAAGCAUCCUCCAGAUGACACUUAAAAUUUGCCAUCCUGUGGCAAAAAGUGGGGUCUAUAUAGGGAAGAAAACAUAUGAGGCAAAUAUCCCUAAACUAUACACCAGCAAGAUGGUUUAGACUAGUGGUUCUCAAUUGGUGGGUCGUGAACAGCUGGUCAAAAAAGUGAAUUUUUGUCGACAUCUGAUGUUUGACAUGUCUUUUAUUUUGAAAACUAGCUUAUUUUAAAAGGCACGCAUUAUGUCGUGGUCCUCCUCGGUUUCUUAUUGAAUACUAGUGCCAGCAGGUUUUUGAUCUGUGGUUCGCUUACAUAAGCAUCCUCCUGAUGACUCUUAAAAUAUGCCAUCCUGUGGCAAAAAGAGGGGUCCGUAUAGGGAAGAAAACAUAUGAGGCAAAUAUCCCUAAACUAUAUGCCAGCAAGAUUGGUUUAGACCAGUGGUUCUCAAUUGGUGGGUCGCGAACAUGUUCUGGAUGGGUCGGUCGCGAACAGCUGGUCAAAAAAGUGAAUAUUUGAUGCACAUCUGAUAUUUGAGAUGUCUUUUAUUUUGAAAGGCACACAUUAUGUCCUGGUCCUCCUCAGUUUCUUAUUAAUGUGGCCUGAAUGCAGUAAAAUUAGAUGUUUUUUAAUGGUCUUUAUUUUGUGAAAUUUUAUUUAUUUUCACUUUUGUCCAUGCUGAUAUAUGGUCCUCCUCAGGUUCUUCUGAAUAUGCUCUGAAUGCAGAGAUGCAAAUAAGUCAAUUUUUCAUUUUGCUGGUCUCCAUUGUGUGCAAUUUGAUAUUUUUUGUAUACGAAACUUCAGUAGUUCUCAUCCUUAGUUCAUGUGCUCUGAAAUGCACUUUACUCAGUCAAAUAGAUGUAUUUAUGUCAAAGAUUUGAGUCUUGAAAGGUUUUUUUUUAAUAAGAAAUAAAUUUUGAAUUUUAUAAAAGUGGGUUGUGACUUAAGGACCAUGGGAAAAUGUGUUGAGAAUCACUGGUUUAGACCGUCCUGUCCACCUCAUAUAUGUGUUAUUGGGCACUAAACUAACCUGAUUAAAGAAUGAGAUCGGACUUUAUUUUCUAAUCAUAGUUUACGUCCUCAGCAAACACAACUGAAUCAGUGUUUUUGUGACACACAGAGACAGCAUAUUGUCGUGAUCUGUUAUAAUAGAAAGAGAGUUGAGACCAGGGAGGCUAAAUGACAGCUGUACUUUCCCAGCAAAGUUUAAACACUGUAAUACAAAACAGUGUUAGACACACUGUGGUCAGAGCAUUUGAUUCCCUCAGUGUGCCUUUCUUUUAAAUACAUUCCUCUCUGUUCAUGCAAAGACAUUCAGCUGACUUGGUGCCUUUUGCGUGUGACUGUUUUGCAGCAGCUUUGAGCCAGUGAGUUUUCAUGCCAUGCUGAUGGCUUUCUCUCAAGUCUUCGCCCCUAUAAGUGAAUCCAUUAUGCACGUUUCCAGCUUUAUAUUUUUUUAUUCUAGGACUCCACUCAAGCAGCUUUGCAUGAUUCAGCUUAGCUUCUUUUUCUUGCCAGUGCUAACAAGAAACGGUAAUGGUACCCCUGCUUAGAAACAUAACUCCUUAUUAUUAGUUAGAAGUAGCAGCUUCACAACCUUUGCACGUUUGAGUCCCAAAGACUCAGAUCACAACAGAGCUGAAUUGCUCUGUCUGGUAACCAUAAAGCAGAUCAUCUACUUACUGUGUCGCAAAGUAAUAAAAUAGUCUUCUAAUGACAAGCAGCUAUAACUCUAUGCUUCCUCUCGCCACAUUUUGUCUUUCCUCUCAAACAAACACACUAAAACACCAAAUUAAUCACAAUUUUGUACAGCCUUAUUUAAAGGUAAGAAAACAGUCCAAAUUUAGCAAAACAAUACUAUUAGACUGGAGGAUUAGAUAUUCUGUGACUGGAGAAUGGACCAAGUUAGUCAUUGAUGAUCCACGAGCAUGUGACAAUUAAAAAAAAACCUCUAAGUUCGUCUCUUUGUACUUUGUCCUCUCAGCCUAAUGUUGCACAGAGUGUUAAAAAUCUGGGUGUUAAGUCUGCCAUCACUGGAGGAGAUGUGAUGAAGGGCCAAUUCUGCUGAUUCUCUCAUGUGCUCCAAUAAAUGUAGUAAUUACAGCAGUAUACAGCAGGUUCUAUAGGUUUAUUCAAACUGUUAUAAAGUCUGAAGUUAAAGGACAAAAGUUUCUGUUGUAAGGAAAUAAAAUAAACAUAAUAGAUGGAUGUAGAUAAACCAAAGGUAAAAGAUUUAAUCAGCUUUUUACAUUUAGGAAAGACUAAGAGUAAAACGUCACCUGACAGCACCUUGCGAGCUAGUAUAAGUUAAACUCAGUGACCUAUGUCUUUUGAUGAUUGAUGGUUGUUGGUAUGGCUGCCAUGCUCUGGGCUUGUGUGUGAACCGCUCUGUUCCUCCUUAGACACGUUCUGUGAGAUGUGUUGCUGCUUUGUUCCCAUGUGAAGAGGGAAGUCCCUCUAUUCUCUCUCAUGACAGCAACAAGCCCCUUCUCAAGAGCCCUGAGUCCAAAACACUCACGCUGCUCGAGCUUAUUUGCAGGGAAAUCCACAAAUCUUGGCGAUAGAGUGGAUUUAAAAGUUUCAAACUUAUUUCUUUGUCGUAAAUUUAAAAAAAGACAACACAAAAUCCUUCUGAGAACAAUUUUGACUAAGCUGUUGUAUGAUAUGAUAUAUAACUCAUGUCGCCUUUUACUUCAACGCUACUCCUGUGCUAGAACUGACCUGAUUGCUCUUACAGGUUUAUAGAACAGGACAAAGAUCCUUCGAUUCUCAAUCAUAGAUGUAUUCUUUUUCAAACAGCUGCAUUCAGUAAUGAAAAACAGAAAGAUAAUUUCUGUGGAUUACAUGUUUUCAAUCCACUCGGCAGUGAGGCUCAACAUGCUUGGAGGACUUAAAGUCGAUGUCCAGAUGUCUGUGGCGAAGCUCAUAUGAGUAGCAUUAGUGAGGAAUUUCUCUAUGUGACCAAAGAUGAAGCUCUAUAUAUCAGGUAGGGGGAUAUGUAAUAUGUAAAAUGUUGUUUUCUUUCCUAACCUUGACCGGUUUCAUCUGAUUCCUACAUUAGUAAUCGACCGGUUACAGUUUUUGAACAGUCAAUAUACGGCCAAUAAUGACAGAUCAGGUUGACUGAUGGUCGAUCUGUAUUGCCUAUAUCUCUGUUUUUUGUUUGCUAGUCUUUGUAACAAAAAAAGUUCUAAGCUUGAUUAAACAUUUCAAUAAAUAACAUUUAAUUAGCUUUUUAAAAAAUUCUUUGCUGUCAUUGGGGAUAAGAAAAAGAUUGUUUUCAAAAGAUCUUGGUGAUAUCGGCCAGAUGCUGAUAUGAUGAUGAUAUCAUCGUCCUGUGUAAUCAUCUAUCCCUUCUAAACACGACCAUAAAAAUCUAUUACAGCCAAAAUCACUACUACUACCAUGUAGUACCAUGUCCUGUCUCCUUGAUAAUAUACAACCACAAGUCAAGUGACUCCACCCUGUCCAGUCUGCCACAUAAGAACAACAUGGAGGAGAACUCCAACACCCACGAAAACACUUGAACAUCCACAGUUGUCUAUAACACUUAUUUACAAGUGCGACAGAGUUUAAAAAGGAGUCAAAAAGAAAGACAGAAAUAACUGAAGCAAUUUCCUACCACGCUGCAAAGGAUGUGACUCCUAUAGCCACAGUGGAGCACAGGCAGUUUAAACUCAUGGUUGACAGAUAUCAGACAUCUGAGAUAAAUGUAAGUAUUAUAAUAAAAACACUUUUAUAACAUAGGCUUUAUGAAAACAUUUCAACUGUACCCACACCCUUUCUUCAUUAAAGGCUGUCUCAGUGUGUACGAAAGAAAAAGUAACAAGGAAAGAGGACAGAAUCAGUGACGUAGCCCACUAUGUUUUGCACAACACUGUACACUCUGUCCUAUGCAACCUCUGAAAUACCCGAGCCUGUAAAGCCACAUCGGCCAGAUGACUAACUUUGAUGGGACACAUGGCAAAACUUCCGUUACCAGGCUUCCACUCCCAGAGGAAUUUUGUUUGAACUGUGUCUGUGGAUUAUUUUAGUCUCCCAGAAUGAUGAGUGGCGUCUCGUAGAAUCGGGCACUCCACUGAGUAGACUAACAGAGGGAAAUGCUGACACACUAAGUCAGACCUGGCAUGGGUACAGGUUGGCCACAUGGAGCAGAACUGCUGAAAACGUGUGGCAGGUACUCUGGUUUCACUUAUUCCUCACAGCAGUAAAAAACCUCUAAUGCCAUUAGUGGCAUACGCAGCUGCUCUGUGAUUGUAUGAAAGCCAGGACUUGAACGGACUGCAGUGGCUUUUUGACACCAGGAAUUUGGCCUGGAAAUUCUUCGCCUAACCUGGUCGUCUGGCUGCUGCUGAGUGACUGGCUGGUCGGCUGGCCGGCUUUGUAGAGGAAGGAAACAUCUUCCUUCCCUCCAUUGUGCUGGGCAGGAAAGGAUGGACCGAAGCCAGCUGACAGCUGUUUCCUGGUGGAUGGAGGAGGAAUGGGUGCGUGGGUGUGAGGGGUGUUGUGCUCGUAGUGAGCGAGUGUGGGUUUUUAUAUCCACUUUGGACUUUUGCAAAGGUUUUUAUGAGAAGUAUAAAUCUGGAGGUUUCACAAUGAGAUUGAAGAGAUUAGUUUUAUUUCAAAAUCUAAUUUUCUCUGACCUGCACAAACCAUUAAUCCUUAAAUAUUAGAAGCAGCUCAUUUUUAAAUUUACCACCAAUUUGUAGGUUUACAUCUAGCCUUUUCCUGUGCAUUUUGGUGACGAUAUUUAAAAGGAUAUUUAAUCUUUAUAUCAUGACUUGUGUCUGCUUCCCUGAGUCCUCUCUUCCUUUGUUGCUGCAGGUCUAUUUCUCUCUGUUUGUUAUCACCUCCAACCAUCCAUCAGCAGGAUAGUGUGAAACCCGCUGCAGGAAUGUGUGCUGUGUCGCCCACUUGCUUCCUCACCUACUUGUGCACCCUUUGUGCAAUUUGACUUCAGUCUUGAUUUUAUUCUUCCUACGCUUGGUAUGUUUACACUAGUGCAAAUAUUCAAUCAGACGGCAUUGCAUUCGUGUUUUGUUAUGAAGAUUUUGUCGCCCAAAAUGGCGUGUUUACUGUAAAACAGUGGCGUCUUUUAAUAUUAGCUUAACACCAUAUUCUAACAUUUCUUUCAACUCUGUCCUCAUGUGCCCUCGCUUCCUCUCUCUCACUCUUCUGUUUCCUAUUUCUCUCACCCUCCUUUUCCCCUCUCUGCUUUUGCUUCCCCCCUGUGUCUCGUUCUUUCUGAAGAGCUCUUAAUUUCUGAGGCCAGCUGUGCUGUGAGAUGUUUGCAUGAGCAUGACCUAGCAUGACACAUAUUAAAGGUACAGCGUGUGAGAUCGGGGCAGCAACUGGCGGGAUGGGAGGAUGACGUUUUCAAGCAUGUUUUCAUCGGUCAAAAUCGAAUUGGAAAAAAAAAUAUUGUUUUGUGGUUAGAGGAGAUUAAGUCUUUCUAGCCACAUAAGAGGCAGAGUCUGUGAAGUUUCUACAGUAGCCCAGAAAGAACAAAAUUACAGAAGAGAGUCAGGGUAAAGGAUGAGAAAAAAAUUUUAAUAAAAUUUUGAGACGAAAGUUGAAGUACAGUUUCGAGAGGUGGGGGAUGUGCUGAGUGGGGAUUUCACACUUCAGCACAAAACUGUUCACAAAGCUGCUUCUGUGGAUCUUAUUUCACUGUACUGUAUUAAAGUGUUUUUACUGUUUUUGAGAGAAGCCAAAGUUGUUUUUUUCUGUCACAGAUAUUUUGUUCCUCAAAGUUGGCGUGAAUCUUCAUCAGUUUAUCAGUAAAUAUUUGCUUGUUACUGCUGCAUAUUAUACUGAUAUGACCAAUGAUAUAGGUCCUAAACAAUAACAAGUCAGACAUUUAAACAUAAUGUUAAAGGAAGUUGCAAUAAGGUACACAUUUAGGGUAUAAAUGAACACAGUAUGCAUUACUAGUAAAUUAUUGUUCAACUUCUUCCUUAAAAAACGAUUCGAUUUUUUUCUCAACAUUGAAAUUCCACUUUUACAAAAUAAAAUUCAGGCUCUUUUCUUUCUCAAAACGUCAAUCUUUUCCUUAACAAUAUUAUUUUUCAUACUGAUAAACCCUAAACCCUCUAUUUUAACCCUCAGCCUCAACACUACUCUGUACAAAACAAACAUUUUAUCACAGGCCUUUUCUCCAAAUCCACGUUUUGCGUUCCUGUUCCCUAAAAGAGGAGGAUGAGAGGAAAGUUGAACAGUUGUUGUUCAUCCUCCUAAGAUAAAGAUUCACGUUUUUAACAGUAAAAAAAAACUGUUUAGUCUCUAUAAGCAGUUUUUCAUGAGGCGUAACCUGAGAAUGCGUUUUAACUUUUACGCACACUAGAAUAGUCUUAUUUUUCAUCGAGCCUCGGCUGUGAUUCACUUCUGCGGUAAAAAUACACCACUCUUCUGUUAAACCUUUCAUAACCUCGCAUAAGAGAUGUUUAUUCUUGUUUUGAAAAAAGCCAUAAUUGCAAACUGCAGUCAUCCAUCUUUGUUGGAGCCAUCAUAUUUCUCCCUGCUCUGUGGUUUGAGUGGGCCUCCCGGAGUAGACGUCAUUACACUGGUUUCUGCUUCUAGGCCAAAACCGAGCUCACCAAGGAUCCUUUUAGCUGCCUUCCCAGCCAGUUGUGAUAUCUGUGCCGUGAGUGACUUUAAAAACAGCCAAUAACAUCAAAAGAGGAGUCUUUUCUGCCGCUUUAAACUCUCUGUCCCACCAGUUUUGUCAUAGCUGCUGCUGCUUCUUUCAAUUUGAAGCGUGUCCGCCUACAAUGAUGUGAGGGGGCCGGCUAGAUCCUGGUAGAGCAGCUCUCUGGCAUAAAGCAGCAGGAGGGGGAUCUUAGCGUGGCUGCAUUUCCUGUCACUGCUCCACAAUAGGAGCUGUUUUUGGGUCUCAUCAGAUGCUCCUCCGGUAUGAAGCAGCUGAUGCAGAAAAGUUUGUUUUGCAUGUGAAAUACUAAACAUAACGAUGACAGAGGGACUGAUAUCUCUACAGCGCUCACACCUGAGAAGAAGCUCUAUUUGGACUCUGUUUAUGUGUUGUAAGGUGUGAGGCACAGUUUGAGGGCAUCUCCCGCUUCGUUUCUUCGUUUCCUGCCAUCUUAGAGUGGGUUGGCAGCUCAGGGGAUUUUUGUGUAUGCGCUUUUCAGACUUGUUAUUUUGAUUAACUACUUUUUUACACGAUCUAAAUCUAAAACUCAACACCAGUACCCUCCCGAGGGUCAGUCAUCCCUGCCUCUUUUCACCAGCUUCUCUGUCCAAAACACAGGAUGACUUGUGUGACGGCUAAACCUUUAUUUGGCGCCGUGGGGUAGCCCCCUUUCUAGUUGGUAAAGACACUUUUCAGAGCACUGAUCUGCCCUGAAAACAAGAAACUUUUGAUAAUGCUCAAACUUUGAGUGCAUCAUGAAUAGGAGAGGCAUGUGUUUUAAGGGAAUGACAGAAUGAAUGUGAUGUACUAUGAUUGUCACAACAAAGAAUUCUCUGUAAUCCACUCCAGUAUGCCUUUGGAGACCGGGCUACCCUUGAGACAAAAAUACACCAGUCUGUUUGGUGCGCCUCAGAUUAACAAGGCAGAGUGCACUUGGCCUGAAUGUUAGACUAAAGCUAUUUAAGAGCUAAUUAAGCUAACAUCACGAGCUACUAAUCAGUUUAGUGCUUAAGUACUACCCAACAAACAAGGACAAUAACACCAGGUGAGUGUGCUUUGUCCUGUUUUUUAACCACACAAGGAUGCCGUAUGAUUGGCAGCCUGGUUAUUAUUGUUAAAUGUCUUUUAUAUAGUUUUCCUCAUGCUGCCUUUGACAUUUUACAUGUUGGUUGAGGAGAAAACGACCAAAUCCAAGUAGUAUUAGAAAUGUUCUUAUCAGAUGAUUCCAUCCUCUUUGUGCUCAGGUCUAAAACACACGGUUUGUGCGGUUCAAUCAGCAGUAGUGUUUUUGUUUUACUCCGAUUGUGAGUGGCCUGGUCCACAACAAAUACAGCCUGUAAGAUCUGUGUGUGCUGAAGUUGAGUGCAGAGUGUUUGAUGAAGUUGGGGGUGGAGUACGUGUGAAAAAAUAGUUUACAUGUGGGGGCUUGGUGUUGGCAUAUUAUAUAACUUCAUUCUUCCAUUUACAUAAUGACCAUCAAAUUCAAUCACGCACAAAGAAAGACUCACAUUAAGUUCUUUUUGGUGUCACUUUUGAUGUAUUUGUAUUUAUCGUUUAUUUUAGCAGGAGGGACUCACCGAGGCGGAGGUGUUUUUCCAGGAGUGUCCUGCAGCUUGUGCUCUGAAAUGAACCAAACAAACAUAAAUAUAGUUAAGACUAGUUACAGAUGCAUUCAUAAACCCAUUCAUACCUGCAAAACUUUCAUACAUUUCAUAAAUUUGAAAUAGUUGUUUUUAAGUCGCUCAGAAAGCUCUUUAAAGUCAUCUCUUGUGAUAUUGGGGGUGAGUAACAUUGGCGUUGUAGCUCAGUAUUUUUUGCACUUUGCACCCUUUAAAAUAUGUGAAAAAAUUCUGUAUAGAGCUGUAGAUGUCCUGGACUGAGUCUUGUUACUAGUCUAUGAGACAACAUUUAUGAAGACUUAACUUAAUGUGGGAGAAACAGGUCCUACUAAUGAAUUUAAGUCUGAGUUAUUCAAGUAAAUAUUAUUCCAAUAUCACUAAAAUGGGGGGUUUGGGGUUGUUUUGAUUGCUUUUUGUGAAAUGAGUGACAUUCUUAAUGUUAGCAUUUUGCACAUUCUUAAAACAACCAUAAAGAUAUUAAGCUAUAUUCUACGACUGGCAGUAAUAUGGCCUUGAUAAUUCUUUUUGCAUUUCUCUGUAAAUAGAAAGUCUCAGUCAUUCGCAGACGUACUUUAGUUGUAAAUAUUCGGUGUCGAGUCAGACUGUCUAAAAGAGUCUCAGCAAACAUUAACUUUCCUUUGAAUCGGUUAAAUGACCUACUUAAAUAUAUUUCGUCACUUAGCUGAAAUUCCCACCAACGUGUGGCUGAAAAAGAGCUGCGAGUGAGCUGAGCUCUGCCUUUUGGUAUCACCUUCUCUCUUGUUUUGGUACUUUUUUUUUCUGUCUGACUGCGGUCUGUGGUUUCUAAACACGGAAAGCAGCAGAAACAGAAAAAAAAAAGAAAAACCUCACACUUCUUUCCCCCCUGCCGUGCUCCCCCCCUCUGUCAGUCUCUGUAUUUUUAACUCCAUUUCUCUCUCUCUCUCUCUCUCUCUCUCUCUCUGUCUGUUCUUGCAUUUCAGCCAGGUGUGUCUCCCCAGCAUCCUACUACCCUACUUCCCACCGUUGCCGCCACUGUAGGGGGUAGCCAUGGCAACCAGCGCUGUGCCAAGUGACAACCUGCCAACAUACAAGCUUGUGGUGGUGGGGGAUGGUGGAGUUGGGAAGAGCGCCCUCACCAUCCAGUUUUUCCAGAAGAUCUUUGUGCCAGACUACGAUCCCACGAUAGAGGACUCCUAUCUGAAACACACCGAGAUAGACGGACAGUGGGCGAUACUGGAUGGUGAGUAUUUGUGUGUAACAGCGUUUGUUAAACUUCAAACUCCAUCUUUGUCGUAGCCGUAGCUGAAAUUCCCUGAAAGAAUCAAUGCAGUUUGGAAAAAGGAAAAGCCAUGGCUUCUGCAUGUGGGACACAUUAGGCAUCAUUACAUGUUUUUUCCUUUCCUCAGUAAAGUUUUGGUUCAGGCUUUGUUGGAAACAUAUAAAUAUCUGGGAUGAAUUAGGGAGCUAUUCAACCGAAACCAAAAUAUCGGUUUUACAGCUCGCAGAGAUGCAUCUUUGUGCAAACUUUUACACUCUGCAACGUAAUGCAAUGCUUCUGCCAAGUCCCGAAAACUGUUCUGACACAGAUGUGGUCUAAGAGCCAUCAAGGUGACGCACAAGGAAAGGUGAUAAUUCAAAUUUAAACUGGUUGCAAGACAGGGAAGAAUUUAGAGGUGGUUGUUGUUGAAUAAGAAGGUUAAAAUUUGACAAACUCAUCAUGCAGCAUCACAAGAGCUUCUUCUCUACGUCUGACCACAGGAUUUCUGCUAAAUAUCUCUGUUUUACACACUGUACCCUAAAUAAAUGCGAUAAGGGUUUGAGUUAGAAGUUCAAGCGCCAGUAUUUUGAGUGGCUUUAUCAUUUGUUUUAUCUGAACACACUUGAUAUUUCCCAAUCAUGACGCUGAAUCAGGUUGAGGUGGCGCAGCGACGAACUUAGAAGAAGCCAAAUGAUUAAUAUGAAAAUAUUAAAAGUGUCUCAUUUGUUUUCCUCUACCUCUGCAGUGCUGGACACAGCUGGUCAGGAGGAGUUCAGCGCCAUGAGGGAGCAGUACAUGAGGACAGGAGACGGUUUCCUCAUCGUCUUCUCCGUGACAGACAAGGCCAGCUUUGAACACGUCGACCGAUUCCAUCAACUUAUCCUACGGGUCAAGGACAGGUAGGAUUUAGCAGUUCAGCAACACUCAACAAAGCUGCUGUUUUUUCCUCAUACAUGCUGAGUAAGGGACAGUACAGGAGAUACAGUCACAAACAAGCUGUGUUUUGUGUGUUCUCUCCCCCACAGGGAGGCCUUCCCCAUGGUGUUGGUGGCCAACAAAGUGGAUUUAGUCCACCUGAGAAAGGUCACCACUGAACAGGGCCAAGAGAUGGCUGCGAAACAUAGUGUGAGUAGUGACGUUGGAGAGUUAAAAGUUAACGGAAGUUUCUUUUUCAGGGCAAAAAUGUCUAUUUUGCAGAACUAAUAAGCUUUUACCUUCUUUGAUUCGCUUUGUUCACUUUGAUUGCUUAUGUCUUCACUCUCUUAAAGGGAUAUUCCGGCAUAAAUUAAUUUAGGGUCAAACACAAACGUUGCUGACCGUUUGCUUCUCUAGUUACACCAGCUUUAGUAACAACCACACGAUACCACCUGUCAACCAAAAUGCCACUCUAUAGCCACAAGUAAUACUCAGAACAGCACCUAACUUCAUCAACAGUACAUAUAAGGUCCCAGCCAUAGUACUAGCCACAAAACAUCUUUUGAGCUUUGCCUAAUCUCUUUAGGAAUGAGACUAAACACAACCCACCUACUCUCUUCCAGCAGCCACUUGUCUGUAUGGAGACAUUGGGCGAGUCCAAACUGACUGCAGCGGGGUGACACAGCUCAAGGAAGAACAUUUAUGAUCAUUUCUUCAUGGGAAUACAAUCAGACCGAGACGCUAAGGCAGAAGAACUACAGCGUCUGCAGUGAAAAAUGAUUAAUAUGGUGAUUAUUACUUCAAGGAAUUGAUAAAGUAAUGAUCAUAAAUGUUCUUCCUUGAGCUGCGUCACUCUGCUGCAGUCCGUAAUGCUCCACCUGAGGUCUCUGUACAAACAAGCAGCUGCUGGAAAAGAGUGGUUGAGUUGUGUUUAGUCUCUUUGUUAAAGAAAUCAGGCAAAGUUAAAAAGAUGUUUGGUGGCUAGUGCUAUAGCUAGGACCCUAUAUGUCCUGUUGAUGAAGUUAGGUGAUGUUCUGAGCAUUAUUUGUGGCUAUAGAGUGGCGUUUUGGUUGAGGUUUGUUUAUGGCUCCCCAGACCGCUGUGUAUUGCUAUCCUGCAGUCGUUACUGAAGUUGGUAAAACUAGAGAAGCAAGCAGUCGGCAAGAUUCAUCUCGAGGGGGGGGUCUAACUUGGUGUUACGGUGUGUUUGACCCUAAAUUAAUUUUGCACCAGAAUAUCCCUUUAAGCAGCUGCUUGUUUUAUCCUUCAUAUUAUCUCACAUCUCUCAUGCUCGGAUUUGUAUUAUCUCUUUGUUUCUUCAGAUAACUUAUAUUGAAACCAGUGCCAAGGAUCCUCCAAUGAAUGUUGACAAAGCCUUUCAUGAGCUGGUUCGUGUGAUAAGGUAACUUUACAUUAUCUUGUGUUUAUAUUUUACCCCUGAGAUCACUGUAAAAGGAGAAAAAAGGAUCAAAGUGGUCUACAAAACCAGGGACUGUCCUCACAGAUUAGCCAGAGGAAGCGUAUCAUAUUUCUGUCUUUAUUUCCACGAGUACGGUAAGUGGUUCUGACGGUGUUGCACUGGUAUGUGAGAGAAGUGAAAGGGUUUUAGUGGGAAUGGAAAAAAAUCCCAUAGCUAUUUCCUGUCUUGAUACAUGUGUAAUUUAAAAAGAAUUUGGGUAUUUUUCCAUGUUUUGAAUGUUAUUACCCUUCAUCUAUUAUCACAGAGAGCGCUAAGCAACAAAGAGGGCCGUCAGUUUUGAGGGUUUUGUUCCACUCACUGAAAUCCUCUUCUUAAUUCACCUCUGUGUUUGUUAUUCUCAGAAAAGUUCUUACUGUAACCAACUAAUAAAAAAAAACCUCUCAGGAGAGUCGAGUGGUGGAUCAAUGUUGCCCUCUAGUGGUCAGACUGCAGGAAGCCAGGCGUGCAGGAGAUGACUAAAGAAAUAAUGAGUGUGCACUUUUAAAAAUGAUGCCUCAGCGGUUCAGGCUCAAGUGUUCCUCUUCUUUAGACUGGUGUCAGUUGACUAAGACUUCCUCAAGCACUGGCCUAUUCACUGUUGUGUGUCAGAGUCUUCAAUGUUGUGUUUCAGUCAUAUGAACUGAAUCAUUUUCAGUCAGUAAAACUUAAAUUUGAUGUUGACUGAAUUACACUUCUCCUUUAUCUGCAACUUCUGUGUAAAAGAAGAGUAAAAGUUGCUAAAAAAGUGUUUUAAAAAAGUUGAAUUUAAUUAAAAAAAUUUAAAAAAAGCUUUUUUUUUUUUUGCUAGCCCUUGUGUCUGUAAUUAUUUCCCUUGUCAGACUGUUUCCUUUAAAUCCCGUUUUCUUUACACCGACAGACAACAGGUCCCAGAGCGAAACCAGAAGAAGAAAAAGAAGAUGAAAUGGAGAGCAGAACGCUCCACAGGUUCCCACAGGUUCCACUGCGCCAUAUUGUGACCUCCCUCGUCCUCCGCUAUCAAUAGUAACAUAGACACCAACAUGCACACCCAUAUACCUUUGGAUUUCAGGGAAUUACCGAGCAGUGGUUAACUACUGGAGCACAAAAAGGAGGGGAGGGGGUCAAAGAAGAGUUUGGUGGAUACUCAGAGACAGAUGGAAAUAUUGGACCGAUGUUCCCUCACUGUUCUCGAUGCCUUUGGGAUGAGAGCUAUGCUUUCUCUUCUCAGUUUGUAGUCCUUUCCAAAGGUCUUUAUGUCCCUCUCAUCUGUAUUCACGCAGAACUACAGCAUCUGAGAACUUCACCAAGUGUGACUUUUGAAUUCAGUAUCAAAUGUGGCACAAGAAAACAGACUCUGGGAGAAAAAGCCAGACGUCAGGAUGAUCCUAACAUUGGGACUUUUAUCUUCUUGAAAGGGAAAAAAAAGGGAGGAGUCGUCUGAAAAUGGCGCUUUAUUUUCAGGACUCGCUCCAACAGCCUGCUGGUCAACGCCUGUCUAUCCUCAAACUCCUUCAUUUUCAGGAAGAAAAACACCCGUGGGAUUUUCAAACCGUGUUCUCUCUUUACGGAGUGAACAUCAUGAGGGAAGGGCUGAUCGAUAUGGUGGCAGGGAUUUCGGUGGUAAAAAUAGAUGUCGUGCGGUGUCGUGGACGAAUGAAUCGUGGGUUCUGUGAGUACAUCUCGUACCUCGUGGUCGUGUGACGCUUUGGUUUUGAAAAGUUAGUUCAGAGAGGGUGGAAGGAUGUCUCGUACGGAGUGAAAGAGCUGCGGUGUGAUGCAGAGACGUUGUGUCACAUCGGUCGAGUUAUUGUUUCAAUAUUGUAAUCGUAAAUGAGAGCGAGUGAAGUCAUUGGAAACGUAAACAUAACCAGGUUCGUACCAACACUCACCUGUCAGCGGCCAUGUUUACAGACACUCUGAAAACGGAUAAUUACCAGUCAGGUUAUUAGAGCCUCUUUACAUCAAGCGUGUGAUCGUAAUUAUGGUUGGUCAAAUUUGCCUCUUCACUCAUCACCUGCAGCGAGAUGAGUGCAGCCCAUAUCAGUACUGUAUCACAAAUGCCCUGAGAAGUUUUUGUCUUUGUAGUCUUAAUAGAUUCUCCUCCAGCCAGUUUUCUUUCAGUGUUCAGUAACUCAAAAUACAGACUAUAACGAUUUAUAUUUAUAUAGAAAUCUAAUCCUAGGUUACAGUGUCUUUUAAAUUAAAUGCUGUUAUACACAAGAGCUGUUUAAUUUACCAUAGAUAAGGGAUAGAGAGAGCUUCAUGUUUCAGCUGUGAAACAGGCUGGAGAAUCUGAUUUGCACUGGCCGCUAACCAAAACAAUGUGAUGUCACUUUAUUCCAAUCCUGGGGCUUUUUCUGACGGCGCCUGAGAAGAGUCAUGAACAUACCCGAGUCAGGAAGGUGGGGCUAUCCUCCUAGUGCUUGAAGCCAUGUUAACCUAGCUACAGGCUAGCUGUAGGGAAAACCACACACUCAAAGCAACAAGACAUUCAUCGUGUUCAUGUUUGUGCCCGUGAAAGUGGAUAGGAAUGUAGAAUUUACUAACCUAUGAAAUGGCUCGUACUGUUAAAGCACUAAAGUUUCAGCGGAAAACUUUUCUGUGUGGAUAAAUACGCUCUCUCUCUCUCUCUCUCUCUCGAAGGAAUACAUUUUUGCACUUUUAAUACGAUUUUUCCUAUCAGCAUGUUUGUUUUCUUUUCAAAUCAGUCGGUGAAAUGAAAGGCACAGUCACAAAUGAUUUGAAUGUAAAAUCGAAUAUCAUAGAAAUGAGCAAACAGAUGAUCAGUGUUGUAGCCCUGUGUGCCUGUGUAUGCCUGUUGCCUCCGUGAAGAUUGUAAACCGAUGAAAUAAAUAGGAAUCUAAUCAUUGAAAAGGCGACGAAAGAAAAGUUCUGCUUUACUCCGUCGUGUUUAUGAGAAGGCGUGCAACUUCACCUCAGCAUGAGUAUGGAAAUGGAGGAAUCCACGUCAGCUGUUUUUAAAGGGACAUUACGGAGAGUUUCCAGCGAAGGACAUGAAACGCGAUAAAGCAACAGACUCUGGAUCCUAGUGGAGUAAAGAAAAAAAAAAUCUGAAUGUGUUUAAUGAAAAUGUUGCAUCAUGUAUGUUUGAUACCAUUUUGUAUUAUUGAUAUGAAUUAUUGAUAUGAUUCUUGCAAAGUGUUUUUUAAACAACUGAAUAAUUUAUUACUGUCUAUGUUACCUCAGCUUGUCCCAGACCUGGACAAAAAGCUUAAACUCUUCCCCUCUUUCUUUCUUUCUAUCUUUUUUUUUUUUCUUAUGGACUUCAUCAGGUCUCUGAGCCUCCAGAUCAAGAUACUUGUAACACGUCAUAGACCAUGAUGAAGUCUGAUUUGUUAAAAGAAGCAGGCGGACUUCUGCUUUACUGGAACUCACGGCCUCACAAGGAAAGUUUGUUGAAAUCUUAAAAAAGAAUUGAAUGUGAAAGUUCUCAAAUGAUCACAGUUUUCCUUAGCAGACUCACUGGUGUCUCUUUAUUCUUGGUUUGGGGUCCAAAAUACAGUUUCAGAUUAUGAAGUUACUCCUCUUGAAUGAAUCUGAAUGCUUAGUAAAAAAAAAAAUAAACCUGUUGAUUUCUUGAGCUGGCUUCACAUUUCAGACAGACCAAAUACAAACUCUGAAAGUGAAAAAGAUGAGCCAAUAAUGUGAGUCUUGAUCAUGAGCUAAAUUGAGCACUUUUUGUUUUGAUGAAUGGGAGAGGUAGCAAUCCUUCACACCAGGUUUUGUUGAAGUUAUGCUGUUGAUUUGCAUUGUGUAUGUCCCAGUAUAUUGUCAGUAUGUAAAGGGGUGUUGUGCACUCAGAGAUGGAUUACUAAAAGCAAAAUUUGGAGUCGUCGGCUAAGUCGUGUAUCGUGUGUUUUUGGACAGGUCUGUUGUGUUUUAAGUGGCUGUGUCAGACUGAGGAGCUAGAGGAGGCACAAACAAUCUGUGGCCUUUUAAUCUAGCCUCAGGGGUCGAUUAUAUUUCAAUAAAGAAAUACAAUUAUUGUGACAUUA